UUUUCAUGGGAAAAUCUGCACCAGGCAUUCAGUGAGAUGGCAUCGGACAGUGAGGUAAAAACUCUACUGAACUUUGUCAACCUGGCUUCCAGCGACAUCAAGGCAGCUCUGGACAAAUCGGCUCCUUGUCGCCGGUCAGUUGACCACAGAAAAUACUUGCAGAAGCAGCUCAAGCGUUUUUCUCAGAAGUACUCACGGAUCCCACGGUGCCACCCCAGCAAAGUCCCUGAGUGCGGCUGGCGCAGGGGGGCCGAGUUUCGGGGCCACGGCCCCCAGCCUGAGGCACCUGACCCCAGCCCUCAUGGUGGGGCUACCAGUGAGAAGGUGCUGCAGACAGCCGAGGUGGAGGAGAGCCCCACUGGGGAACGGGUAUUGCAGGAGCAAAACCUUGAGGCCACCAGGCCAGAUCAGCUGCCCAUGAGGAAGCGACAGCUCCCUGCCUCCUUCUGGGAAGAGCCACGGCCAGCCCAGAGCCUGCUGGCCAGGGCCUUUUCCACCGGCCCCGAGGGGCUCCCAGCCCCCAGGGACCCUCCUCCUUAUGAGGGGAAGAAAACCAAACGGAGCCUGGAUGCUGCCAGCCCUGAGAGCCCCCCCGAGCCUGCCUCACGUGCUGGGGAGAAGGACCCCGCUGAGGUCCUCUCGGGCCGGGUGGGCACCUGGACCUGCUGCCCCUUCCCCUGCCCUGGGCCAGGGGUGUACCAGCCCCCAGGCGCGCUGCCCCCGUCGCCCUUCCCGGAGCUGGGCCUGUGGAGGAAGGGUGCAGCCACGCUGCCGGCCGAGGUGCCUCACUUCUGCAAGGAGGCCAGUGGCACGGGGCAGAAACUCUACAGGCCCGUGGUUUUGAAACCCAUCCCCACCAAGCCCGCCAUCCCUCCGCCAAUCUUCAAUGUUUUCGGCUAUCUUUAG